AUGGCAUAUGACAAUGUCGUCGCGAGGUUUACUCUUGCCGGGAGCAUGAUCUCCUGCAUUGCGACUUUCUGCGUGCUGGUAUCAUACAUGGUGUAUCGGGAGGAACUGCGGUCCUUCAGGCAGGUUCUGGUCUUCAACCUGGCUCUCGCGGAAUUCCUGAAUACCCUCAAUAACUCCAUAUCGGGCGGCAUAUACAUUCAGGCCGAAGCACCCAACCCCGGCCCAGCCUGCAUCGCCAACGGCUUCGUCAACCAGUUGACCGUACAGGCCGUGGACUUCACAAUCAUGGCAAUUGUUAUCGUGACACUUUUGACCAUCACACGGAAGACCUAUCUACCAAACGUCUCACUCGCGGCCAAGACAAUCAUCUGCCUCUCGACAUGGUUCGUGCCAGUCAUCACCAGCACCACAGCUGUUGGCAUGCGGGCUAUGUCGCCAGUAAGCGGCAACUGUUGGCGAAAGCAGUCAGGGGGCCGCUACCAGGGUAUAGGCGUCUCCGCGACGUCCUUUGGGUCACCUCUACAGGAGGCAGCCGAAAGCAGGCCGAUCCGGCAGCACGCAAGAUGCCCGACCGCAUCUACAACGACAGAUGGGCCUGACCAUGAUGGCGCAGGGGACAGCCGCGAAGAGUCCGGCCAUAACAGCCGCGGCGUCGAGAAGGAGGUUCGUCGGAUGCUACUGCUCAACGCUUAUCCAACCCUAUACGUGUUACUUUGGAUUCCUGACAUCGUGAACCGCUUGAUGGAGGCCACGGGCACGGCGCCGUCCAAUACGAGGAUUGUUGGAGCUCUGCAGAGCACGAGUCAGUUUGUAGGCUUCGCGAAUGCCCUGACAUUUGGACUAUCUGCUACGAUGAGGCGCCGCAUAGUGUCUGCGGCGUCCAGCAGCAAGUUGGUGUGGAGGAGGGGCGAAGUGUGA